AUGGUCCAAGAAAAAACUGUGGUAAAACUUGGAUCAAUUUUGGACAUAACAAAAGCCAAAAUGAAGAGCAACUUGUCGCCUCUGUACCGCCACCCCAAGGUUUUAGAGGAAGCAGAAAGAGAAAGACAGGCUGUGGGAUGCAGCAGAGAGAAUGUUGCGGGGAAGUCCGGUGGUGGUGCCACGGUGAAAAAGGCGGCGACACCCCAAAGGAUGGAGAGGAAGGUAUCGGAAGACAUCAAUCAAAGCGCAGAGGCCUUUAUUAGAAAAUUCAGGCAAGAGCUGGUGAUCCAGAGGCUUGAUUCUAUAGAGAAUUACGAGAAAAUGCUAGCAAGAGGAACAUAG